AACCCCGAACGAGUUUGGUUUGUGCAGGAUUUACAAGGACGCUUAACGUUUGCACCGAUACAGAACAGCAUUUUUUUUGGAUUGCUUUUCCUUUUUAAAAACUCGUUGAGUCUGUAUGGUCUGUUUUUAUAGUAAACUUUUUGGUUAUAGUUGGCAAGCGACUGUUGUGAAAUAAGACCGUUUCGCUGUGAUUUGUUGCUAACAUUCAUCACGAGCGGUCCUACAAUGUCAGACAUGGACCCUGCACUGCCAACAACGAUAACCAAUGCACCCAGCGAGGUACUGUUUGAGCCGCCCCUUGACCUCAUGAGUAGCCCCAUCCUUGAGACGGAAACCAAGCCGGCCGCAGCCGUGGUCAAACCCCUGGUCGAAGCCGCGGUCGAGACCGUGGCCGAACCUGUGGCCGAACUCGUGGAGGAACCCCUGGAUGAGUUUGAUGACCUCGUGGACCUCUCGACGGACGUCCAGAGCGUCCAGGCGACCGCCGCCGCCGCCGCAGAGAGCCCCUUGGUGGAGGUCGAGGCCGAGACGCCCUCAGAAGAAGCCUGCGAGGAUUUUGUCGACCUAUCGGGAAGUGAUAGCGACUCGUCACAGGAGGAAACGCUGCCGGAGGUUCCUGCUGACUCGGCGGCAGCUUCGUCCGACCCACAGGACGUGAGCACUGCCCUCCCCCCCGGCGAUGUCACCACAGGAAGCGCCGCGCACGGGGAGGCCGGAGCUCUGCUCGAGGUCGACAUCGGCCAGGCCUCUGCCAACGGCGAAAAACAACCGCUGUCCGAAGACCUCUUCUUCGACCCCCUGGCAAACCUCGCCGACGCCGGGCCGCCUCCCACGGCCGCGGUGAAGCAACCCGCCCCCCCCCCCCAGCAGCAGCAGCAGCCGCAGCAGCCUCCCCUGGACCUGUUUGAAGACGAUCCCAACGACCUGUUCGGGGAGUCCCGGCACGCCAAGUCGGCCAAGCAGCCGCAGCCCUCCAGCCUCUUCGGCGAGGUGGACGAGGACAUCUUCGGCGAGCCGCUGGGCGCCCCCGCCGCUAAGAAAGCCGGGAACAUGGCGAGCCGGGAACAGAGGGAGACCACGGUCGGGACCAAGACCAGCGGUCUCGGUGGUGGUGGUGGUGGUGGUGGUGCUGGUGCUGGUUUUGGUGACGUGGGCGGGCCUUUAAAUAACAACUACGAGAAGGAACCGGCCGACAUUUUUUCUGAGGAAGCGGUUACCAUAGCGCCCACUGCCGCCAAGGCCGCCGCCGCCGCCGCCGCUGCCGCCAGCAGCUCCAGCAGCUCCAGGACCAACGGGGUCCACGGGGCGGCCGAAGAGGGAGAUGUAUUCGCAGAAGCCACAGUAGAGCUGUCUCUGGACAGCCCCAGGGCCGACAGGAAGAAGAACACUACAGCAGCCAAGCCAUCCACAUCUGCAACCACCCUGUCUUCUGCUGCCACCGACCUGUCCAAGACACACUCUGCCAGCCUGGAGGAGCUGGAAGAGGAGGAACAGGAAGAUAACUUUGAUGUCAACAUCUCUGUGACCAACCCAGAGAAAAUAGGUGAUGGCAUGAAUGCGUACAUGGCCUACAAAGUCUCCACGCAGACGACGCUCGCCAUGUUCCGCACCAAGACGUUCACGGUGCGACGACGCUUCAGCGACUUCCUGGGCCUCUACGAGAAGCUGACGGAGAAACACGCGCCCAACGGCUUCAUCGUACCGCCGCCGCCAGAGAAGAGCAUUAUGGGCAUGACCAAGGUGAAGGUGGGGAAGGAGGACUCGUCCUCUGGGGAGUUUGUGGAGAGGAGGAGGGCGGCCCUGGAGAGGUACCUGCAGAGAGUGGUGUGCCACCCGUCCCUUCUGCAAGACCCCGACGUCAGAGAGUUCCUGGAGAAGGAGGAGUUACCCAGGGCGGUGAGCACCCAGGCUCUGAGCGGCGCCGGCUUCCUCAAGAUGCUCAACAAGGCGACGGACGCCGUCAGCAAGAUGACCAUCAAGAUGAAUGAGUCCGACGUGUGGUUCGAGGACAAGCUGCAGGAGGUGGAGGCGGCCGACCAGCAGUUCAGGAAGCUCCACGGCAUGGUGGAGUCUCUGGUGGUCCACAGGAAAGAGCUGUCCCUCAACACGGCCUGCUUCUCCAAGAGCGUGGCCAUGCUGGGCAGCUCGGAGGACAACACGGCGCUGUCCCGCGCCCUGUCCCAGCUGGCCGAGGUGGAGGACAAGAUGGAGCAGCUGCACCAGGAGCAGGCGUCCUGCGACUCCUUCAGCUUCGCCGAGCUCAUCGCCGACUACAUCCGCCUCCUGGGCUCUGUCCGGGGCUCCUUCGAUCACCGUAUGAAGGCGUGGCAGCGCUGGCAGGACGCCCAGACCAUGCUGCAGAAGAAGCGCGAGUCGGAGGCCAAGCUGCUCUGGGCCAACAAGCCGGACAAGCUGCAGCAGGCUAAGGACGACAUCGCUGAGUGGGAGGCCAAGGUGACCCAGUACGAGGGAGACUUUGACCGGGUGUCCUCCACUGUGCGCAAAGAAGUCGUCCGCUUUGAGAAGGAGAAGGUGAAGAACUUCAAGAGGCAGAUCAUCAAGUACCUCGAGGCUCAGCUCAAGGCUCAGCAACAGCUCAUUAAAUACUGGGAUGCGUUCUUACCCGAGGCUAAAGCCAUCGCCUAGCCCGUGGACGUUAGCCCUUUGGAGGACAGAAGAGGCUGCCUUCUCUGAUACACUUACCUCUUGCCUUUUUUUAAAACCAAGGAGAAGAAGAACAGGUGCAUUGUAAAAGGGAGAAGAGAUGCAAUCCAGUUUUGUUUUUUAAGAAAUCACACUAUAACACAUAGCCCUUUAUUCUAUUGCAUUGAUAAUUUUAUAUCUAUUUUUUUGUUUAACCGUACACAAAUAUUUUCUUAUUAGACGAUGACAAAGAAUACACACACACACACACACAGGUAAGUGUUUCACGAUGAUUCCAUUGAUUUCCACGGGGAUAACGGGGGAUUGUUCUCAGGACAGUAUACGCCCCCUACAUUGAUCAGCCAGUCCUCUUAACAUUAGCGUUGUUGAUUGUUUACAACAGGGCGUCUCGCCCGCGACAAAGGUAAGAGCCAGGGUAGCUCAUCGUUUUGUCCGCUGUACAGAAGCUGACUUCUGUUCUCUAUAAGGGAGGGGGGGGGGGGGGUUGGGGUAUUGAAAAAAGUAUGAAGAGUUAUAAAAAUGAAAUUGGUUACCACAGGAAACCAUGUUGGCACUUCCUCCCAGAGUAGUUCUGGCAUUUUUCUUUCUUUUUUUCAGAUAAAAAUAACCGUUGGUUGUGAGAUUGUUGCAGAGGAUCAGAGCAUUAUAUUUGUUGGCCAUGCAAGUGUGGUGUUGGGUAAGGGACGGGGGUUGUUAUGUUAUAUAGGCUGUUGCUGUGACUGUGAUGCAGGUCAAGGUCCUGUGUAUACUGAACGAUAUUUCACUUGUGUCCAAAACAAAAAGAAACUCGCCACAGAACUUUAUAUGGAUGUGCCUUUUUUCAAAUUUCAACAAAAAAAAUCUGCCCCCGUAACUUUAAUUAGAAUCUUUUUUCUACGUAUUGCAGGGGCAUAUUGAAAUGGCAAUUAUUUUACUAAUGACCAUAAUUAGCUGAAGACAUCUAGUUUACAUGGGACUUAUUGGUUUGGCCAACAGAUACAUCAAACUGCUGUUAUCUUGAUCGAUUUAAUCUGAGUUCAGCAUUACCCGUCACCAAAAUUAUCCUUGUUUUAACCAGCAAUGAGCCCGGUUUCUUUUCCCUUGUGUCGCCUCAUUUUAUUUGUAUGAGGGCUUGAACUUCACACGUCAUGGGUUGGCCUCGCAGGAAACUGCGGUGCCAACCCAUCUCACUAUGGUUACUAUCGGAAGACAUUCCUUUGCACAGGUCACGUUGCUCCUUAUAAAAACAAUCACUAGACCCUAAAUGUCGGAAAUUCAGAAUUUGUCUUCAUAUGUAGCCUUCUGUAAAUCAAAUGCUGCCAUCACUUGUGAACGUGCACAGUGUCAAGAAAAAUACAUGAAAUAAAAGUUGCACUUUUCACAUUU